CAAUAUAUUUAACAGACAGCUGCUACGACAUAUGGGGAAAAACAUGUUGCGCCAGUAAAAAUUGAAUAAAAUUAAACAAAAUUCAAUUAAACCGAAUAUUAGACCACCAGGAGCCGACGCCGAUAGCAUGGCCGACUCAAAAACCAGCGAUGGGGACGUCGAGGAGCAAGCAUUCAACUGCAUUGACGAGGCAAAUGCGAUCAUCAACGAUGUAAAGGCGCACGUAGCUGAAAUAUGCAUCUCCUCCAAGCUGGCCAGCGAUGCCACGCAGAUAUACCUGAACAUACGGACCAUAGAGAGUGCCACCUGCUGCGUGCAGGUCACCAGUCGUGGCUUCAAGAUUGUCUCCUCCCAGUAUGACACCGUAGAUGCCGACAAGAGGAUGGCUGCCAAGCUACACAUCGAUGAGGUGGAGGAAGCUGCUGCAGAGGAAGACGAGGAGAUCUUUGAAACGCCCUAUGCGUUGCUGGACAAGAUAAGUCCUCGCUAUGUGGAAUCCUUCGGCAACCAACUGUGCCAGCAACUCAGGCAGCUGCAGCAGAUGCGGACAGAGUUCCUCGAGGAGGAAGAAGAGGAGGAGGAGGAGGAGGAGGAGGAAGAGGAUGACUAGUGACUGGAAGGAAACUCCGACCCGAGGCUGUAUACUCUUUAGACAGAAGAUUUUAAUGUUAGUUUUAUUUAAUGUUUACUCGUAAUGGUAUCUCGUGCGUUUUCUGGAGUGGGUCGAGGUCGUGGCCCAUCUCCGAAGUUUUAAUAUGUUUAUGUGUGUGUGUACCAUAAAGUAUUCCCGCGAGAGUUGGUCAUAGAAUCGCUUCAUUUUACCAUAGAAUAUCUAAUUAUAGGGCCAACUCCUCCCGUUUCGCAUGUAAUAUCGAUGUAACAUUGUCCUUGCUUAGCAAAAACCAAACACUCAAUCCAAAUCCCAAAUUAGACUUUAAGGCGUUUCAAGAAUAAAGAUUGUGAUUGCAGUUCCAA